GCAAACAACCAAUCCAACCACCACAUCCCCACGCCGCAUAAACCACCAGCGACACCUCAAAAUCCGCCAGUUGCACUCCCUUCGCCCCCCAAUUAAAAAGAAAGCAACCCAAACCCGCCCAAGAUGUCCAUGUUCUUCGGCCAAAAACCCCAAAUCUCUUCGGAGCAAAAGAUUGCGCAGGCAGAGGCGGAAAUCGACAUGGUUUCUGACAUGUACAGUCGCCUUGUCAAAUCCUGCACGGCCAAAUGCAUAGACACGUCGUACCGCGAGGCGGAUCUCAACAAGGGCGAGUCGGUGUGCCUGGAUCGCUGCGUGUCCAAGUUUUUCGAGGUCAAUGUCAAGGUUAGCGAGAAGAUGCAGGGAGAGGCGCAGGGGAAGCAGGGCGGUGGGAUG